AUGGGGAUCGGCAGAGCGGCACUUGCACGGGAACUCAUGCGGCAUUUCAACUUCAAGAUAGCCAUUGCCUUGGAACCUGCGUGGCCACAGAAUCCCGGUACCGCUGGUCAAAAAUGGAUGCCCUCCAAGGGGCCGAAAGCGUGGUACAUUUGGGUAGCGGCGUCUGAUGUGGAUAGAGUGGCACGGGCCCUGUUUGCAUGGCUCCGACCAGAAACAAAGAAAUGUCACAUGCCAUUUGGUGCCCGGACUCAGUUUGUCUACGAUUGGGGGGCAAUUACAAAAGAACGACUUGGCGACCUUGCUCAACCAGGGGGGCAGUGGAAUGGCAUCAUUGGUAAACUCAUCAACACCCAUGACACUACCUCCCAGACUUGUACCUCCCUGGCCCCACUGUUCCCUAUCCAAGGCAUGUUGACAAAGGUGGUCAUCCAAAAGUACUGCAAGUAG